AUGGCGACUGAAACCGCGUUAGCGAAGGGACAAAGCCGCGUGUUGAGCAAACCGUCGUCGCCGCGAUCGAACGAUGGAAGAGACAACGCGAACGACGACUUAAUCAUUCGCACCGGCGAAGAGCUCGGCGAGCGCGUCGGUACGACGUACACUGUGCUCGACUCUCUCGGAUCCGGUACGUUCGGGCAAGUCGUCGCCGCGGCGUCUAGCGCCGACGGUCAGACGAGAGCUCUCAAGGUGAUUAAGAAUCACCCCGCGUAUUUUCACCAAGCGCACGUCGAAAUCGGCAUCUUACGAACGUUGAACACAAAGUGCGGCGAUCGACCGUCGGGGUCGGUGAUCGUGGACUUGAUGGAUUACUUUGUCUGCCACAACCACCUCUGUCUGGUUUUUGAGCUGUUGGGAAUGAACCUCUACGAGCUGCUGAGGAAGAACAAGUUUAAAGGAUUACAUCUCGGGGCGAUUCGUGGGAUGAUGAAACAAUUGCUCGGCGCUUUGGAUUUGCUCAGAGACGCCCACGUGGUCCACUGCGACAUCAAGCCCGAGAACAUUUUGUUGUGCCGCGACGACUCGUUUCAAGUCAAACUAGUUGAUUUCGGCAGCGCGUGUUUUCAAAACAGGACGGUGUAUCAGUACAUCCAAAGUCGUUUCUACCGCUCGCCGGAAGUGUUUUUGGGGAUGUCGUAUGGAAUGCCCAUCGAUAUGUGGUCUCUAGGGUGCGUCGCCGCGGAAUUGUUUUUAGGCUUACCGAUCUUUCCGGGUUCGAGCGAGUAUGACUUGCUGAGCCGCAUUUGCGAAACGAUAGGAACGCCCCCGGCGGACAUGCUCGCCAAGGCGCCGAACACCAACAAGUUUUUCACGCGAGUAGAUAUCGGGUUCGACGAGAGCUCGUCUUCGUUGGCGUCUUCUUCCGGCGGUGGUACGUCGCGAUACAAGCUUCUCUCGCUACGAGAAUUCGAGGCGCGCUCUGGCAGGCGCGCGGCGAUGGGGAAAAAGUAUUUCAAGUACACUGAGUUUUCGGACAUCAUAGCGAGUAUACCGUACCAGUCAUCCAAAGUGGAUCCUAACGACCACGCCGCCGUAGACGCGGAGAAGAAAGCUCGAAUGGUCGAGCGUUCGGCGUUCUACGAUUUACUCACCGGCAUGAUGGAGAUCGAUCCCGCGGUGCGCUGGACGCCGGCGCAGGCGUUGAAACAUCCGUUCAUAACGGGCGAGCCAUUCGACGAGCCGUUUGCGCCGAAGCCAAUUCCUGAGCGCACGACACCAGAAGAGCGC